GGGGCGAGGACAGGACAGGACAGGAGAGGAGAGGAGUCGAGUCGAGUCUGAGUGCAGGUGGAUCUCACAGUAACAGCGUAAAGUGUAUAGCAACUUAACCUGCCGAUAAAGAGAGAGAGAGUUUAAAAACAACACCAAAAAGCCUCCGAAUUGUGCCGUCCCGCAAGAAUUCCACUCAAGACAAAAAAAAAUGAUGUCCCACAUGAAAAGUACCACAGUGAGCCAUGUCCAAAGCCACAGCGUAACCCAGGCAGAAGAAACGGUGCAUUAUAACCACAACUAUGAGAGCGAGAUGGAAGAGUACAUGAUGCAGGAGGAAGACUGGGAUAGAGACCUCCUGCUGGACCCUGCCUGGGAGAAGCAGCAGAGAAAGACUUUUACUGCUUGGUGCAAUUCGCAUUUGCGGAAAGCUGGUACACAAAUUGAAAACAUUGAAGAUGACUUCCGAAAUGGACUUAAACUUAUGCUGCUUUUGGAAGUUAUUUCAGGUGAGCGACUGCCAAAGCCAGAUCAGGGCAAGAUGCGUUUCCAUAAAAUUGCAAAUGUUAACAAAGCAUUGGAUUACAUUUCCAGCAAAGGAGUAAAGCUUGUAUCAAUUGGUGCUGAAGAAAUAGUAGAUGGGAAUGUGAAGAUGACUUUGGGUAUGAUUUGGACCAUCAUCCUUCGUUUUGCGAUUCAUGACAUAUCUGUGGAGGAAACAUCUGCUAAAGAAGGUUUGCUGUUAUGGUGCCAGAGAAAGACUGCUCCCUAUAGGAACGUAAAUGUGCAGAAUUUCCAUACAAGGCAAGUUCAGGAGAUAUACAUGCAAUUUAUAUAA